AUGGUUAUGAGAAGGUUCAAACUUUCUCUACACUUCUCUUCAUAUAAUUACAGUUUUGUGACAGGUUAUCAAUCGCUUCUGGCAUUGAAGAUUCUCCUCAAUAAACAACCACAACAUCAGAUCCUUUUGUUAAUUAUUGAAUUUACUCUACAUAUUACUUCCGAUAUAGAAAGAAAAAAAAAGUGUAAGAUGAAAUCGAGACAAGAUAGUGGAAACAUAGAAUGUCAGCUUUCCACAACAAUGACUUCACAUGUUGAGGCACAAUCUAAAGUUAUUUCCUUCAUGAUCGCAUCUCAUCGCCAUGACUGA